CCUUAACUUCAAAUCUCAAAGGGCAGAGACAGGAUUCGGCUCUUUUCAAGGUCUGGCAGUCUGCUCAGGCUCAGAGGCACUGCUGCUUUCCCUGUUUCAUCUGUUCCCUCUAAAGAGAGAGAGGGUUGGACUUGGACCUGGGAGAGCCGAGUUCUAAUCCCGCUUCAGCCACGGAACUCACCAGGACACUCUGGACCAGUCACCCAUCUCUCAGCCUAUUCUGCCUCACUCACAGGGUUGUUGUGGGGAGGAACAGAACCAUGGACACUGCUCUGGACUCCUGGGAAGGACGAGCAGGAUAUCAAUGUCAAUCAAUAAAUGAAGGCAAUGGGCAAGGUCCAACGGAGAAGGCCAGAUCAAGCCCAGCUUACACUCUCUCUGCACCAUUCCUGCCCGGAAGUGACAAGCUGACCCGGAAUCAGAGCAAAGGAGAAAGGAAGAGGUGACUGAAAAGUCCUUGCCAGUGAACUGUGCAGGAGCAGGAUUUCACCCCAUUUUCUCUUCCGCACCCCGCUGCCUUUGACUUGCCACCGCCAAGAAUAUCUGCCGCAAAACAAACUAGACUCUGUCUUCAGGUUUUCAUCUUCUAGCGUAAGCAGAAGUGCAGAAACCAUCUGUCUUUAUUCACACAUUUUUAUGAUGAAUUAAAAUGGAUCAUGAAUGACCACAGAUUAUAUCGAUUUUACUAACCUGAGCCACCCCAAGCAGAAGUGUACUGGAGAGGUGGGGCACUAAUAUAAUUGAUUGAUUGAUUGAUGCCAAAGAGGAAAGCUGAGAGGAUGGCUGGACUUCCAUUCAACCCCCAACGAGACUUCCAGUGGCCAAACAGACUUGAAAUGGACUCUGCGGAACUUGGGUCUGGUCUCCCCUUCUGAACGUCUAAGUGAAAAAGAUGGAUGGUUUGAUGGAUGGUUUGAUAUCGGUAGAGAGCCUGUGUGAAGAUGGCCAUGACAUCAUCUUGCAUCAUCACGACCUGCUUCCGACAUUCUUCUGGCCCCCACCCCACCAGCUGCAGGUCGCCAUAGGGACCGCGAUAAACAAUGACGCAUCAUCGGGCUUCAGUUGCCCACUCCCUAACCGACUCUCCAGCGGUUGAGGAGUACGGACAGCAGGCUCCUCUGACUGGAGAGAUUGCCUGGUCUGCUCUCACCAGAGAGAUCAUCUUCUUGUCCUUCUUGUUGUUGUUUUUGUUGUCCAGUGGACUUCUUUAGACGUUGACAGUCAUCAUGGCAGAUGAGUCGACUGAAAAGAGGCCGUCUGCUGGCUCCUCCUGUACGAGCGCGAGCUCGGCCGGGGAAGGAGGCGGUUCGCCCAGCAGCUUCCUCGAGACACCGACGCCGACCAUUGGUUCCACCUCCAUGUGGUCCUCGGUCUCUGACCUCUCCCUUCAAUCCAUCGAAGGGAGGGACAGCAGGGACCACAGCCACCCAGCAGAGGGAGAUCUGCGGAAGCCGCAACGGGAGCACCAGCGGCCUGGCUCACCGGCGGCAUCCCCAUACCAUCUCCCCGGACCCUUCUUUGGGCCGCUGGCCCCCAGCCGUCCCACUGCGGGCCCCAUGGCCCAAUUCUUUGGCCAUCAAUCCUUUGGCCAGCUGCGACCUCCAGAGCCGGAAGAGUUCCCACCAUUCUUGCAUAGGGUGAGGGAGGCUCCUGGCUACAGACAUGCCACGCUUGCCCCCAUCCCUCCUGCGGAGACAACAUCUCUGGCCCAGCUUGCCCCCAUCCCUCCUGCUGCAAGAACAUCUCUGGCCCAGCCGGCCAGGGCGGACCAGGCACGCAAGAGGAAUCUGGUCCUGCUGGCCCACCGGCUGCAAUCAGAAGGCAGCAGCACCACCGCUGCCGCUGGGGGGUUCCGCCCAGCCCCACCGGAUCAGCCCAGGAGCGGCAAGCCGACGGACAUUCGACGUGCGUCCAGAGUCUUGAUUCCUGCCACUGAGCAGACACUGGCCAUCCAAAUCAAGGAGCCUGCAACUCAGAAGGCAGAAGGCUUCAGCACCGGUGCUGCCCCAAGAAUGAAGAUCCCAGAGUUGGGACCACACAGAGCAGGGACCCAGGAGCGCCACCCACCAUCUCCUCCCCAGCUGAAGGGUCGAGGACCGGCCAAGGGAGGAACAGCCCCGCAGUUGCUUCCGGAAUUCCUCUUCCCACCUCCUCCACCAGAGCCAACCAAAGUGCUCUCCAAGGGAACGGCUUCCCACCUGGUAGCCCCAGGAGACAAGAACACCCAAUGUGCCAAGCCAAGGCUGCAGCUCUUUGACUUUUUGCCGCCCAUCUCCUCUGCGCCCAAAAAGGCCAAGGACCGCACAUAUGGGGAGUUGGUGGGCAGGAAACUCCCUGCAGAGAACAUUGCAAAGAGGGCAAGGGCAGCAGGGGCAGAGAGUGUGCCAGCACCCAAGGUUCCACGGGGAAGCCCAAAGGCUGAGCGGGAGGCGAGAUCUGCAGAGACGGCCAAAGCAGCCCUGGACCAGAAGGAAGGGAGAACCGCGCAGAAGAUCCCCACUUGCCAUCUGGAGCUGGCCGUCCAACCCCAUCAGCCGAUGAAACCUGCAGGAAGCAUGCCAGGCCAGAACCUGCUGAGAAUGCCUCAGGUCCUGCCAGGAAGGGGGAAAGCACGGCUGCUACCACCUGAAGCCGAAGCUGGGGACACCAAGAGGCCGAAAGUGGGGGCAGAGUCCAGUGGAUCCGCCCAGGCUGUGCCCCCGACUCCGAGGAGCAGCCUGGCCAGAAUGAUGCGGGACUCCGUGCAGGUGUUCCAUGCCCUGGGCCCCCCGGCAAAAUGCAAGAGUGCAGAGGGACAUCCCGGGCAGAGCGUGCCCCAAAAGACACCAGCGAUGUCCAUGGGAAGGACACCAUCGGGAAGCACAGCUGAGCCACCACCAAGGCCUUUGGCAGCCCUGCCAAGCAGACCAGCGGGGAAGGCACCGCCCAGCUCCAUGGCCAGGCCAGCAGCCAUGCCGAUGGCCAACCUCCCCCCUAGCUCCCUGGCCCACCCACAAUCCACGCCAGUGUGGAGGCCGCCGGGAUCCCGUCCCUUCAUGCUCCGGCCCUCCUCCCUGGCGCAGGCAAAUAGCUUGCGGAUGCACGGUCUUGCUGGGAGGACCUUGGGCCAGCCCCCGCCGGCCCCUCAACCACAGCCACAGCCUUGGGGUCCCACACCAACCCACCGACCCGUCCUCCCUGCCCACCAAGCCUCCACGGAGCAUCCGGUCCUUCCACCUGGUCCCCAGCGCACGACAGCAGAGCAGGAGUUUAAGGGGGACACGUUCAUCCCUUGGAGGACGCCCCCGGCCCACCUGGAAGUCUCCCGGCCCAUGACGGAGGAGCAACGGCCCGUCCGGGAGCUGAUGCGGCGGCGGGCUCAAAGAGCGAGGGAAGAGGCGGCUCAGUGGACAUCAGCCGGCCGGAGGCAGUAUUUCGUGGAGCGGGAGGAGGAAAUGGACAUCUCCCUUCAGUAUGGCUACCCCUGGCGCCAAUGAGAGGUCCUUUUGCGAAGACCCAGACAAGCUGCCCCCAAGAAAGAGAAGCAAGCCACACGGGAUGCCCCUCCCCUUGGCCUCCUGCGGAGGGGAGGGAGUUUGUCCCAGCCACGCUCCGCAGGAGGCCCCAAAGGGACCUGAUUGGCCCGUUCAGUUUGGGGGCCGGGGCUUGGGCCCUUGCUGGGUUCCCCCCCCCCCAGCUCUUCAGUUUGGGCUGAGCAUCCGUGGAGGAAGGAGCUCUUCCAUAGACCUUUUUCUUGGCCUGAACCGGAGUGGGCGGGGGGCGGGCUGUGCUCGAGGAUGGGAAGAGUGGUAUAUUUUGGUGGGUAGCAUCGACCUGCCGAGCGGCGGCUUCCCCGGACAUCGGCGGUCAUUUUAGCGGCCUGAGGGGGCAUCGGCCUGCGGCUGGAGUGCGGCGGCAUCGGCCCCGGGGCAGCAUCUUCGGGGCUUGGGGCCUUUGGUUUGUCCGGGUUGGGCCUUCCUGGCCUGGGGCGUAUUGGGCAGCCUAACUGGGUGGGACUGGUGAUUGCUCUGAUUGGUGGCACUUAUUUGGGGCCCUGCCGCUCCCUGCGGUUGGGUGGGGGUGUUGGUUGGCCUUGGGGUUACUGGCAUUUUUCGUGUCCCUCUUCUCUUCCGUUGGCUUCUUUGGGGGGUCGGAGUGGGGGUCUCUCAGGAGGGCAGCGAGUGGCUCUCUGGGCGCUCUUCUCUCCACGCCCGUCGUGUUCUUUUGCCCGUGGGGUUUUCGGGGUUGUUUUUGGUGGCAUUGGGGGUUGGUUAUUCUGGGCCCCUGCAAUUCGCCCACAUGCCUAGGAAAGCCAAGGAGAAAACCGGUGGUCAGCCUAUCAGGGGGCCAAGCGGCCUGCACCUCCAGCUUCUUCCUCUGAUGAGGAUGAUGGGGAGAUGGUUCUAAUUAGGGGCCUGAUCAACAGAAUGGAAGCUCUGGAGAAGGCCAAGGCUUCCAUUCUGUUGGAAGCAAGGGGGCUGGCCCGUCUGGAGCGCCAAAGGAAGUUCCUCGACGCACGCGUGGUGCUGCUGGAACACAGUUACGAAAAUCUCUCUCUGACAGGUUAGGAGCUCUUGAAAAGAGCGAGGGCCCGCCCGGCCCAGUGCUGCCUGCAGAGCCGGCUGAUCCUGUGUUGCCAGUGCCUGGCGUUCCCGUUCCUGCGAUGCCUUCUCCUGCAGAUCCAGGAUCCCCGCUGCCAUCGGAUUCCCCCCUGUGGAUCCAUCUUUGCCUCCGCCCCCAGGUGCUGGCGGAUCGGCGGCUCCUGUUCGGGUCCUGUUUUGCCCCCAUUCGUCAGUCUUUGGGGCCUUCAAGAGGGCCAGAUCCUCCCAUUGGGGCACCCAGUUGGUUUUUGGAAUGCAUGCUUCAGUUUCUUGGUUGGGUAGGAGGGGCAUGUUAUGGAGCCAGUUGCUCCCUGCCAUUUGGGAUGAUUGAGCUAGGUUCCCUGGGCCUGAUGUCAUUGUGGUUCACUUGGGGGGAAAUGAUUUGGGCGGGCGGGCUGGUCUCUCUCUUUUUAUUAUUACUAUUUCCCCGCCCAAGCUCUUCCGUUUGGGCCAAGCAUCCCCCUCCCUCCCUUCCCUGGAGCAGAGCGGGUCUAGUGACUGGUCGCCCUUCUGGGGCCGAGUAGGAAUUUUUGGCUCUCAACGCAUUGGCCACUGUUGGGAGUUUUUUCGCCUACUCCGUUCUGCGUUGGGGGUUUGAGUUAGAAUUAGGCUGGUCACACGGUUAUUAUGGGUUAUUAUGGCUUAUUAUGGGUUAUUAUUGUUAUUGGUGAAUAAAGUUGUGGCCCUUUUCACCCAAA